AUGGCAGGCAAAGCUUUUGGAAAAGCAAUAGCAAGUAAGACCUGUAUCGCUGAGCUGGACCUGAGCUGGAACCACUUACGGCAACGGGGAGCAGUUGGAUUUGCCAAAGGUCUCGAUAAAAAUAAAUCCAUUGAGUAUUUAAACAUCGGUUGGAACGGAUUUGCUUUCGAGGGCAGCGUUGCCCUUUCCGACGUGUUACUUCACAACACGACGUUGGAGAAGCUCGAUGUCUCGUGCAAUCGAAUCCACCCACCGGCACUUCUCGAGUUCAUGAAAGGUCUUCUAAAAAAUAAGACACUGAAAGUGCUCAUAUUGGACCGGAACCCCAUCACGCCGUCGUUCGCUACUGUGCUGUUAGAAGGGAUACAGAAGAACUCCUGCAUGGCACUGGAGCAACUAAGCAUGCAGUGUAUUGUGGUGGACAAGGCUUUCCAGGGAGUGCUGGAUGCAGUGCGCCAGGAACGCAAUUUCCACGUGGUGUAUGAAACGUCACUUCCGGUCUCAUGCAGAAAUAGGAAUGACAUGCUUAAAGAGAUCGAGUUACGCAGUACUUACAACAUCGAACCUCUGCGCCUGUUAUACCUAUUAAAGGAGCGGAAUCGCGCGCAGGACUUUUUCCACAAGAUCAACAAGGAUCACAACGAGGGACUCACUCCAGACGAGGUUGCGUUGCUCUUCAAGGAAUCCGGCAUACCGGUGGCUCGUUUCGCCGUGGACAGGAUUAUGGAAUUCAUGGACGUAGACAAAGACGGCAAGAUAGACCUCGGCGAGUUUUUGAUCGGCGACAAGAAGAUCAAGAAACUCUCGCGAGAUCUUGCCCGCAAGUCGAUAGAGGACGAGACACAUUACAGUCGAUAUUCUAGAACCUUCCGACAGGCACACAUUCAGCAAUUAACGUCCAGAUUGAAAGUUGAAGAGUCCCAAAACUACCUGUCCCCAAUAACGUCCUUGACCCCAUCACCUGCCAGCAGUCGAAGGUCAUCCUUCAACCCAUAA